AUGCUCUGCCCUCCUACACACACUCCAAAUCAUGCAAAUGCCGUUGAUUCUCAUCAAAAGCUUUAUCAUCACACAAGAUCAACCCCGAGACCGCAGAGAAGAGGAAAUCCCACACAUGGGGCAGCUGGCGGACCUGGAGUGCAAGCCGUCUUCCUAGGUUCCAGCAAAAAAUCGUUAGGGACGGGAGUUUUUCUUCCAAGAAGAAGAGGCACCGACUUCCAAUUUAACAAUAAUUCAGCUUGUUCACCAGUUCUCAUCCCUUCUCGAGUUGUUCAGACACUCGACCUUAAUGUUCACGAACUCGGCCAACAUAUAUUUAAACCCCACCAAGAUCUUAACAAGGCAAAUGAUUGUUCUCCAGAGAUUGUUCUCCCCAAGGAAUGGACUUACUAG